GUUUUUUCCAGAUUGAUCAGUCUCAAUUUCAACAAUGAGGUUAAAAUCCAAGGAGAAACAACUUUCCUUCGAGAUCCUCUCCUCGACAUCUCCAUUCAAUUCCGACGACAUUAUCGAUCGAGCUAAUUCCGAUCCUCUUCCUCACACCACUAACAAAUCCAAUCGUCGUAAGCGCAAAUCUAAGCGUAAGAAAUCGACUCCCAAUUCUUCAUCACCUCGUGAAAUCAACACCAUCUUCGAAAAUGGCGAUCAUUUUGAUAUCAGGGAUUUGGAUGACCAAUCGAUGAUUUCUCAUAGUUAUUAUCAGACUUGCACGAUUUGUGAGGUCAGAGAAGAGAGGUUGAGCACGAUUUGUCAGGUUUCGCAGGAAUUAAGGCAAAGGAACGUUGGUGGUAGUAAUGGUGAUGGUGGAGAUGAUUUGGUUUCUGAAGUGAUGAAACAAGAGGUGGAAGUGGAAGUGGAAGUGAAUUCGAGACCUAAUUUGAGUAAUGGUAAAUUGGAGAAUGCCAAUUCUUUGGAUUGGAAACGAUUUAUGGCAGAAGAUCCCAAUUAUCCUUUUCAUGUUGAGAAUUCACCCUUAAAAUUCCUCGUGGAGGAAUUGGACAGUGGUAAUGCUCUUAGAAGUACAACAACGCUUGGAAAUGAGAAAGAAAGAGAGAGAGUUUAUGAUACUAUCUUUCGCUUGCCUUGGAGGUGUGAAUUGCUUAUUGAUGUUGGCUUUUUCGUUUGUUUGAAUUCAUUUUUGUCGUUGUUGACGAUCAUACCUACAAGAGCCUUAGUGACCUUGUGGAGGUUCUUUACUAAAAGCAGGCAGCCCAAAACACAUUCUGCAGCUGAGCUUUCAGAUUUUGGUUGUCUUCUUGUAUUGUUUGGAGGAAUUACGCUUUUGGGACGGACAGAUAUCAGCCUUAUAUACCACAUGAUCCGCGGUCAAGGAAUUAUCAAGUUGUAUGUUUUCUACAAUGUUUUGGAGAUCUUCGAUAAACUAUGGCAAAGUUUUGGAGGUGAUGUGUUUCAGACGCUAUUUAAUUCUGCUGAGAGGCUGGCAUGUUCCUCACCAGAAUCAUCAAGAUAUUGGCUCGAAAGAUACCUCAUUGAUUUGGUGCUGGCUGCAGUUGCUUCAAUUGUUCAUUCUUUUAUAUUAUUGGUUCAGGCAGUUACAUUGUCAACCUGUAUAGUGGCUCAUAAUAAUGCUUUACUUGCUCUUCUGGUUUCUAAUAACUUUGCGGAGAUAAAAAGCAACGUGUUCAAGAGAUUUAGUAAGGAUAAUGUUCAUAGCAUUGUAUAUUCCGAUUCAAUUGAGAGGUUCCAUAUUACAGCAUUUCUCAUAUUUGUUUUGGCACAAAAUAUUCAGGAAGCCGAGGGUCCUUGGUUUAGAAACUUCCUUUCUAAUGCUUUCUUGGUGUAUUUCUCAGAAAUAGCAAUUGAUGUGAUUAAGCAUUCAUUUAUUGCAAAAUUCAAUGACAUAAAGCCCAUUGUAUACUCUGAGUUCCUUGAAGAGCUGUGUAAACAGACUAUGAACAUUCAAACCGAGGGUGCAAAAAAAAUGCUUACUUUCGUUCCCUUGGCCCCAGCUUGUGUGGUAACCAGGGUGCUCACUCCUGUAUUUACUGCUCGUCUUCCCUGUAGUCCACUGCCUUGGAGACUUUUCUGGAUGAUUUGUUUGACAAUGAUAACGUAUGUGAUGCUUGUGAGCUUAAAGGUGAUGGUAGGGAUGGGGCUUCAAAAGCAUGCAGCUUGGUACAUCAAAAGGUGCCAGAGGAGGAAACUUCACUCUGACUAAAAAUGUAUAUCAAAGAGUAUGGACUGAUUACUGAUAAACAGAAGAUGGUCUUGAGUCUCAACAGUAAGCGAUACUCGUUCUAAGCACGGAUGCGUUAGUGCAGUCUGAGGGCCUUAUAGCGAAUGAGUUACCGUCUGUUUUAGAUUUAUUUGUGAACCAUAUUGAAUAGAUUCCUGAGUGACAGCUGCACAAUUUGGAUGGUGGAAAGAAGACAGAAGUUUUUCCAUCAUUGCAAUUUGCAACUCUUGUGCAGCAAGGAGUUUCAUGAUGCCGAUUGAUUGAACUCAGAUUAGGGAAAGAAUUUCACUGCGUGCACUGAAGAGGGACUUGACUGUAAAUCUAUUCGUGCUAUUCAACGUGAAUUUGUCACCCCUAUGGCUCAGUUUGUGUAUGGAACAGGGGGAGAUUAGAAAGGGAGAGAUGGAGAUCACUUUUUGACAAGAGCUUAAUGGAUUUGAUAUUGUUAAUGAAAUGAUGAUUACCAACUGCUGGGAAAUUUUGACUAAGUAAAUUCAUACUCUACUGAUCUCUUUGAGAGGUUCUUAUUUGACGUCUUGUUUGAAUAAAUCUUAUGAGAGGAAAUUAAGAGAAGGGAAGAUAUUGAAAAUUUCUUCCAAAUUUCUCUUUUGUGAGUGAAAAAUUUUCCAUUCAAUAUAGAAUUACUAGUUGAGAUGGUUGAUAAUCGAAAUUAAUAGAAGAGGAAAAUUAAUGUGGACAUCAUUUUAGAGAAAGAAAAUGCAUGUUGAAAUUAUCUAUUAGGAUUGAUUUAUUAGUUUAUGUAAUCAGCUUCAUAGGACCCUAGCAAGGUUAUCCAAUAGUCGUUUGACAAAAA